GAGUUCAGGGAGUGUCUGAGCGGCUCGUUGGACGAGGAUCGAGCCCGCAGUCACUGAACCCAAGAGCAUCUGCAUGAACAAUGAACCGGUUCACUUGGACGGGAAUCCUCCGGUGAGACGGACAUGGACCGGACGUGUGAGGAGUGUCGGGAAAGUGAGAUUGGAUUGGACCGUAGCGGUGAUUUUCUGGACAUGUUUGGUUUGAAUGACCUCUAACGGUGUAGCUGCAUUGAGGCUUUUCAGUGAGCUGCUGGAUGUCAUGAGUUGGCCAUCUGUUAGAGAAACCUACUUAAACCUGCAAGCAGAUUACCUUUGAAAGGUCCCGGGCAUCAGUCAGGACAUUUCUGUGCCAGGACUCUGCUGGCUUCCUUGUGGAGGAGGGAUGCUGAGGGCCACUGUGGGCUCAUUGGAGGAGAGAGAUGAGGAGCAGGAGGAUGAAGGUGAGGAAGAGUUGAGGGAUGGAGGAGUGCCUUUCUAUGUGAACAGAGGAGGCCUCCCGGUGGAUGAGGAGACUUGGGAGAGGAUGUGGCGCCAUGUGGCUCGGAUUCAUCCCAGUGGAGAAGACUUAGCCAAGAAGAUCCGGGGUGCCACCGACCUGGCUAAGAUUCCAAUACCAAGUGUGCCUACAUACCAGCCUACCACCACUAUCCCGCAGCGUCUGGAAGCCAUACAGAAAUACAUCAGGGAAUUGCAGUACAAUCACACCGGAACACAGUUUUUUGAAAUCAAGAAGGGUCGGCCUCUUACUGCGUUGAUGGACAUCGCUAAAGAGAUGACACGAGAGGCUCUGCCAAUCAAAUGUCUGGAAGCCGUGAUCCUGGGGAUUUACCUCACCAACAACAUGCCAGGUGUGGAACGCUUCCCCCUCAGCUUUAAGUCUCAGUUCUCAGGGAACCACUUCUAUCACAUCGUACUGGGAGUUCACAGCGGGGGACGAUUUGGCGCACUGGGCAUGAGCCGUCGCGAGGACCUCAUGUUCAAGCCCCUGGAAUUUCGAACACUGCUGGACUUGGUGCAGGAAUUCGAAGGAGCCUACAAGAGCUACUGGCACACCCUGAGGAAGGUCAAGAUCGGCCAGUACGUGUCCCAUGAUCCUCACAGCGUGGAGCAGAUUGAAUGGAAACACUCCAUACUAGAUGUGGACAAACUAAGCAAAGAGGAGCUACGAAGGGAGCUGGAAAGACACACUCGAGACAUGAGGCUGAAGAUAGGAAAGCCUGCACCUCCCUCUCCCACCAAAGACAGGAGAAACAGCAUGGGCUCCCCCCUCAGAGGACCAAGCAGCCCCAUACGCAGGAUCAGCCGCGUUGAGAGACGUCCCUCUGCAGAGAAGAAGGUUUUGGAACAGAAAUCAUCUGGUGACAUGAAUGCAUAUCAGAUUCGAGUCUAAAGAAGAACAUCAGUUUUGCCAGUGAAAGCAUCACACCCUAUUUCACAAGACCACUGAUUUACUGUUUCAAGCUUCAGGCUUAUGUUAUUGUGCACAUUGGCUUAUUCACAGAAUGCAACUAUGAAUAGGUCACCAGCAACUUUUUCCUUCCAGAACAAACGUCUCAUUCAGUCUCUCUGUGUCUAUUUUGUUUCAUGCUUUUUUUUUCUAGAGCAGUUACUGUGCAUAGUAAUUGGUGCUGGCAAUGUUCCCAAAUAUAAAACGGGGCUUUAAAGUGCAGUACGUUACAGUAACUGCACAUUUUUGUAAACUCUACACACCAUAAACAUGACUCCUCCCUGAGACUGGGCCAGUCAGUGUAAAUGUGCUACUAGACAUAUCCUAGAUUUCUGUGGUGUAAUUAUGUUUAACAAAAACUUUUAUCUCGCUUGUCUGCAAUCUGUAUCACUGUACUGUAAGUGUGCAAAUAUACGUAAUAUCAUUUUAAUUUCACUGGGCAGCAAUUGCUUAGGUAGUGAGUGAUUAGUUUGCAAACCCCCCGUGCCUUGUAUGAAAAUUCAAAGAGGAGAUAAAGGACCUGCUGGAGUCAGAGAUCAUUGUCACUGCUUCAGUAAACACAGUGUAAUCUCUGCUCUUUUCCGUUUCCCUUUCCGUUAAUUGACAAUAUGGAAUGGAGUGAUUUUAGCUGAUAAAAAACGUCACACAAGUCAAGACAGUUACGAAGAUGUUGAUGGAAAAGCAGCUAAAGGACAAUUAAAUAUGAUCAAGAAAUAAAGGACAAGUCAGAAUCUGUGGACUGUAUCAACAGCUUGAAACUACACACAUUUUCUUUUCUUUGUAGCAACUUUAUCCAAUAUUUUACUUGCCUUAAAAGGUAACCAAGCAACUUCUGACUUAAGUUCAGGCUAAUCUUUAAAGAAAUUUGUUUACAGCACUUUUAUCUGCUUUUUGUAUUUUUUUAUUGUAAAUUCUCUCAUUUUAUACUUCCUUCAGCACUGACCACCUGUAGACCUCUUGAUAUUUACCAAACGCUGUUCUCAAUAUUUUACCACAACCAACAUUUUUAUGUGUACACGUAGUUGUUUGAUUUCAGUGCUCUGUAAUACACUUGUUUUGUAUUGAAAAACUGUUGUUUUAAAGCAUCACAAUAAAGGAUCACUUUCAUUUGACAACA